AUGCUUCCAAUAGAAAAAGAAAAUUCAAGAGUUGCUACAACUAAACCAUUAGAUGAACUUUUUACGAAUGUCGGUCAAAAGUUUGAGACAGAGACCGUAAAGCAUGAAGGCUAUCGUUUUGACUACCCACUAAGAUGGUUAAGAGACCCAUCCGUCACAAAAGCUAUUGGCUUUCGUAGAAUGAAAUUCAUUUCAGAAGCCAUACAUGGUUUCCCAUUUACGGUCGGUUUUGAAGUUCGAUACUAUAACAAAGAAAAACGUACGUAUGAGAAAUUUGAACAGGGAAAACUUUUACAAGUGAAUUUGCUUGUAAAUUUAGAAACAACUCUUCAAGCUUUUCAAGAAAAAAUAAACGAUAUCUAUCUCGAAUAUGCAAAACAGUACAACAUUGACGAAGGAGAGUACCAUCUCGAUAUUAUAUAUGACAGGAAAAAUGCAACU